UACUCAUAUGAUACGGCUCAGUCGACACAGUAGAGCCGUACCCGUCAAAACAAAAAACUCGCUUUCGAUGCAAAUCGAGGUCACGAUCAAUGACACAGUGCGUCGUCACCGAAUAUUUCCGAUUCUUACGAAACGUAGCGUCGACGAUUACCUCAUAACCAACUAUUAUUAGAUAACUACGCACACCGGCAACCAUUUACGCCCUAGUAACCAUCCAGCACCGAGACCAUUCGAACGCGUUCAUCACGGAUAUGGCAAAACACACUGUUUUCGUUUUCUACUUCCUCGUGACGGUUUUCGCCACCGACAGUUACAAAAUCCUCGGCAUUUUCCCAUCCUUGGACCGGAGCAACUACCUCACUUACAGGGGCCUCUUCACGGAGCUAGCCAACCGUAACCAUGAGGUGACUCUCAUCAGCCACUUCCAGCUACCUAACGCUCCAGCAACCUACAAGGAUAUAUUGCUCAGUGAUAAACAAGUGUACAAAGGCCUCUCGUUUGAAUCAGUGAUAGUGAACGAAAUUUCGCGAGUGCCGUUCGAAACGUUAAUAUCGACGAAAUCCGGGAACGAUGAUUGCAAGACACUAAUGAACAACCAUCAAGUCCUACAUUUGCUUAGGACUCGACCUAAAUUUGAUGUGGUGCUAGUGGAAUCGUAUAACAGUGACUGCGGUUUGGCUCUAGCCGCGAAUUUGAGUGCGCCGUACAUAGCCUUCAAUCCGCAGCCGAUCCAAUCAUGGCAGUACAAUAGGCUAGGGAUUAAUUUCAAUUCCGCCUCUGUCCCACUUUCAGGUCUGCCCUAUGGAAAAGAACCUUGGUUCUUUGACCGAUUGAGAGGGUACAUACUCUACCAUGUAACCAAUUGGGUUUACUAUGUUGGCUCCCAAGUAACGGAUCACGUUUACCUGUACAAGUAUCUAGGAGACGACCUACCUUCAUUGGAAAACAUAGCGUCGAACGCCAGUUUGGUGUUAGUAAACACACAUCAAUCAGUGUUCGGAGGUGUAAUCAGGCCUGACAGCGUUGUAGAUAUUGGAGGCAUACACAUACGGCCACCUAAAAUAAUACCAACAGAAAUAGAGAGAUUCAUAAACGAAGCGGAAUACGGGGUAGUUUAUGUCAAUUUGGGCUCAACAGUGAAAGACUCGACACUGCCUAAGGAGAAGUUAAAUGAUCUUAUAGCAACAUUCAGCAAACUACCUCAUAGAGUCCUGUGGAAAUGGGAAGGUGUCAUCGAGAAGCUGCCCAGAAACGUUAUGACCAUGAGAUGGUUCCCGCAAUACGAUGUUUUGAAACACGACAACGUGAAACUCUUCAUAUCGCAUGCUGGGAUCCUGAGCACAAUAGAAGCUGUUGAUGUUGGUGUACCCGUGGUUGCUAUACCACUGUUUGGAGACCAAUACGGUAACGCUGCAGCUCUGCAAGACGCUGGAGUAGCCACGAUAGUCUCCUACCAAGACUUGAACAAGGAAUACCUCUUGGAUGCUAUCAAUGAAGCGCUGGAUCCUACAAUGCAACAGCGUGCAAAAGUGGUGUCCAGAAUAUGGCACGACCGGCCUAUGUCUCCGUUGGAAACCGCCAUCUAUUGGACGGAGUACGUAGCUCGAUACCGCGGCGCGCCUCACCUACUAGCGACAUCUGUACAGAAACCAUUGUACCAACAACUACAACUAGAUGUCUUGGCCUUUGUAGCACUAGUAUUUUACAUCCUUAUACGAGUGUUUUCUAAAUUAUUAUCUGUAUGCUGUUGUUGUUCUUAUCAAACAGAAGAAACUUCUACUGUUUAUAUUGAAGAGAGGAGAAAUAAAAGAGUGAAAUUUGAGUGAAGGAACUCUUUCGCACAGCGACAUCUAGUGGUCGUAAUGAACAAGUAGUGGUAUAAACUUGAAGCUCUACACUUGAGUCUCAGGAAAUGAAGUCCUUUUAUGGAGUGCUAGUGCUAUCGAUAUUAAAUUUUAGACAUUUUAGUGUUAAUCUAAUAUUUUCGGCACACGUUGGCUUCUUGUUGGAUCUCGUAAUUUUAUUUGUUUUAUAAAUCUUACUUUUUUAACUUAUUGUACUGCCUUUAUAGGCAUCCAUCAAAUGGGUAGGUACCUACCUACCUACCUGCUUGGUUGCAUGCAAAUUAUUGCACUUUUCGUCAACUUGUACUGAAAGUAUUGAAAUCAAUUGAAACGCUUCUAACUAAUUAAUUUUGUUCAAAACAUUUGCAAUAAAAUCAUUUGUACUUAUUUUCAA